AUUUAAUUUAAAUCUUUCUUUUCAUACGCACACUACAAUCAAAUAUACUAAACAUUUAUUGCUAAUCACUGAUCGAUCACAACGUAACGUUACAAUGUUACAACGUACACUUUCAGUAUUAAUUUAUUGACUUCUAAAACCGGAAGCCUGUAAAGUUUGAUGUAAGUUAAACGUUGCCGCUAAUUCUUAUUUCUAGAGCAGUAUACACAGCAGUGUAUAAUAAUACACAUAACUAUAGCAGUAUUCAGACAAUUGGUAUUGUCUUCUUCUCACAACUAAUGUUUAUAUACGAACUCUCUUAACACAACUUUAACACAGAGAGCAUCUUUUUGUUGUUCUAUUUUAGUAAAAUACUCGAAGAUUGUUAUUACUUUAAUAUUUAUUACUACAGAUAAUUAUUAUCACAAUUAUUUUAUUAAAAGUUAAUUUUUGAUAAUCCGUUUAAUUCACUUCACAUAUAAGUGAUGUUAACAAAUUGUGUAUAUGUAGAUGUGUAUAUAAAAAAUAGUAUUGCAAAUAUACCCCACUUAUACACAAAGGAGAAUGUGUUAUUUGUGUAACUAAGGUUAAGAAGGCAAGAAAUUUUAACAAAAACAAAAAUGGAAUGUCGGAAAAAGAUUUUCAAGAGAAGACAACGGAAAGCACCAAACAGAAAAUGGUCAGAAGAUGAACACCGAAAAAUAUUGAAAUUUCUUAAAGAAAACAUUGAUAAAUUUGAGAAACCCACAGCUCAAAUAUUCUAUAAAAGAUUUAUAGAUGAAACGGUAUUUCCAACAGAAUGGAAUUUAGUACGUUAUAAGGUCAGAAACUUACGAACUUCAUAUGCGAAAGCUAAAAACUCAACAGCAAAUUUGCUAGAGCUAGACAAAGAAGCGGUACACCGAAUUUGUCCAUACUUCAAUGAAUUAGAUGAAAUUUUUGCUGAUAAACAUGAUGUUUUUAAUAAGAAAUCUGAAUAUGUUAUUAGUAAUGAGGUGCUUUCGGAUAGCGAUAGUUUUCAAAAUUCUACAAAUUUUAUGAAAAUAUCGAUGGAAAAUAAACAAGAGAUCUACGAUUCGUCAGUUAAUGACACCCACAUAGAUAUAGUUGAAUUAUCUGGAACAAAUUCCGAUAGCACAUAUCAUUCUAAUUCUAAUGCUUUGAAAAUUCGUUCAGAUUUACUGCAAUUGAAUGAACAACAACAGACGGAUAAUGAUAUUCCUAAUUCAAUACAGAAUAUACCGGGCGUUGAGGAAAAAUUUGAAAGGAAACAUGACGAGAUCUGGGAGAGGGAGAAACAUUUGCGAGAAUUUCAAUUGAGAGAAAAGCAACAACAAUUAGAAUUGGAAAAAUUUCAACUUGAGAGGGAGAAAUUCCAAAAACAGUAUGAAUUGAAUGCUCGGGAGCAACAAUGGCAAGCUGAACUAAAACAACGCGAAUUAGAAAUGAAGGAAAGAAUAGCAAUGCGCGAAUUAGAAAUAAAGGAGAAAAUCGCUCUAAAAGAAUUGGAAAUACACCAUAAAACCCAAUUUAGUUCGAAUAUAUGAACGCAAAAAUUUCUUUUAACAUGAAAAAAAGUACUUAUACAAAAAUUAUAUAAAUUUUUUUAUAGU